UCGCUACGCGACAACGUAUACUGUGUACAUGUAUUUUUAGACAGCGCGUGCGCAGUUGACCACUGCAUUAUUUGCGUACGAUAGUAACAACGUGUGUGUGCAUAGUGCAACAAGUGGGCUCAAGAAAAUAUAUAGACCUGUACCUACUCAGGACACACUCACAUCCAGCCGCUCUCCAAGUAACUCAACACCACUUCAUUAAAAAGUUGUAAAUACUCAGGAAAGAAGUUCAUGAUCAAGAAACAGCAAAAAAGGGAAAUCAAAAGGAAUUAUACACCACAGCCCAAAACGUUUGGGCUUUUACUGACAAAAAAGAAGAACAUUUCUAUAUCUCUUGACCAGCGAAAGUAGAAUAUUAUAGUCAUGAGCAGGAGCGCCGGGGCUAGUCGGGGUGCAGGUGCAGCGAUGGACCCUCUAGUGGCCCGAAGAAGAGACCAACUCUAUGGGACUACCAGAACCAAUGCCAUGACAGCUAUGAAAGAAUCUCUCACUCAGGAUCACAUUAAAAUGAUUGCCAAGGAAGGAAUGAGAUCCACAUCGCCCAUUCUAAACAGCACAACUAAAGGAGCUUUUAAGGGAACUCAACCAGAUCGCAGUGUUGGUUUUGUCUGGGACUCAGGUCAACAGAAAAUACUUCAGAAUCAAACCCAUUUUGAGUUUCGAGGAGAAGCAGCCCCUGUAGAUGAAAAAAUCUACAAGUCUUCGCUCACAGCCGCCGACUACUCUGGGAGGAAAGCGGAGAGGCUUCCAGCAGUCAAGCCAGAGGACAAAAUCAACCUACCGGACAUGAACCCACGGUACUGGCGGGAUGGAAAGUUCGGACAGUCUCUUUACGAUUCAGACUUUGUGGGUGGAAAUACCCUACACAAUCUGGACAACGACCCGGCCGUCUCGCAGUCUCGUAACGAGAUGAGAAGACGAAACGUCAAAGAUCUUAGGACCACUCACUUUAAAUUAGGCAACGACCCUCAACAUUACGACUCAGAAACUGUCGACUCGUUCCACAAGAACCUGUCCAUGACGGGGGCCCGUCUUGCACCCAUCCCGACUGCUCCGGGCCCCAAGCAGCCUGAGGAGAGCCCCUCAUCCGUUGCUAGGAAGAUGAUUGAAGAUGAGAGGGACUCGGCUGUAUUCCGUCAAGGAGAUUACAAUGUCACGCGUCCCAGGCCGGGGAAGACAACAUUCACUCAUGACUACAACGCGAAACUAAAGCCAGACAAAUCUGCAGCAUUCAUUGAACCGACCCGUAUAGCUAAAGGCCGCUUCUUGCAAGAUGACCCUAUACUUAGAUCGCAGUUGAUAGAAGAAGGUGCAGCCCUCUUGCCUCCCAUCCCACGAGACGAAGAAGCCAUCGCCAAAGUAGAAGCCACCAGCUCUACCCUCAAACAGAUCUUCAUCCAGUACGACCCAGCUAGGGUUGGCUGCGUAAGCAAAGAAGUGCUGAGACGGGUUACGGACAGCCUCCUCGAUCCUAUUUCGGCUGUAAACCUUGAUAAACUCAUUACCAGGACGCACCAUGGCAAAGACGGAACCAUUGACUAUGAAGACUUCGUCAACAACUUCACCGCUUGGAAGCUGGGAGACGAAGCACAAAGAGCACAAGGAACAGAAGCAGCUGAGCCGAACCUUCUUCAGAUCACCCCGGGUGUCCUCAACAGAGGAUCAGGCAAAAGCGCCGGUACUGCAGAGGGCAGUCCCAUGCUGGACAAUGCAUCUCGGGGCAAGGAAUACCAGACCUCCGUCCAUUUCAAGUUUGGUACGGAUCAGGAUCCAGCUGCUUCUAUCUACAACAAGGACUACAUCAAGGAACGAACUACCGUUGUCAUGCCAACCAAGGAGCCACCACCAAAACCUUCAGAGGUGAUGCACAAGACUUCAGAUGGGGGAUUUGAGAAGAGCACCAAACAGAGUGACUACACAGAUUUCAGUGGGACCAAAUCCCAAACUCAUCUGAACAUGAUGGAUCUUCGCGAGAUGGAGAGUCUGAGGAACAAGCGACGUCAUAAUGUCAACAAUGUCAUCUUUACCUGUGACAGGGAAAGAGACGCCGUCGACAGACAAGAUUCAUUGUCUCACACAAACUACGUCAAGCACGCGCUUGAUGGGGAUCGCAAGGGAUACGAGGUGACUCAGUCCAAGUACCGCUACCUGGACACCGUCGGCUGUCUCCCGUACGAAGCCCACAUCCCAUCGGCCUCGGAGACCAGCGAGGCGUUCGAUUUCCGAAGCAAGCUGAUGAACGACGCCGACACGAACGCGCGACUACGGGGCAUGCGGAAUGAGAAGAAGGAAAGGGUAGAGGACGCGAGAAGAGUCCAUUUUAAGUUUGGGAACGACGGACCGAGUCAUGUGACCGAAGCGCAGGAUUGUUUCACCGAUGAGAACUACAAUGGAUUGAAGAUUCCAGCUGCAGGAAAGAAGAACGAGAGCGACCCCAACUACAGGCAUACUUACGCCAGUGAAAACACUCAAGAUUUGAAGCAGGAUCCCAUGCGUCCAACAGUCUUCGAAACGAUCAGAAUGGCGAAGAAAUCAUACUACAAUAACACUCCUAAUCCUCGUGACCCGCUACAUAUAAAGCUGCGGCAGUCGCUGAUGGCUGCCGACCCCGAGCGGACGGGUCGGUUGUCGAAGGCACAGAUGAAAGGAAUCUGCGGUGAAUUCCAGAUCAACGUCAGUCAAAAGGCUUUGAAUUCAUUAUUACAAAGAUGUGACCGAAUAGGAGACGGGUCGGUUGAUUAUGACCAGUUUGUGAAGGAUCUGACGUUAGAGCAAGUCCCGAAGGAUAUGUCAGCGGCUCACAGUUCAUCAACCAUGAGCCAUGACUACAAACCUCUUAAUCAACGAAGCCAUACCGAUGCCCAACUUCUUACCAUUCAGCACAUGAAUCGGAAACCCAUAGCUCCUGCCCAGUCUCAUUUCUUCCAUGCCGAUCCUUUUUUCUCAUCACCGUUUGAAUCCAUUUCCAAUCUCGACUUCGGCAAGCCUGAGCUUAAAAGUUCAUGAAUCAUCUAAGUUACAUGGCAAGUCCGAUAUCAGUGUCACUCCGUCCAAUUAUAAUGUAUGCUAACCGACGAGCAUAGUAUAUACAUGCUCGUCGGUUUUACAAGCAAAGGCAUUAUUCUUUUCAAUAUAUUUUUGUGCAAUUUUCGUAGUGUAUAAAUUUAAGUUUUUCUUUGCAAUACGUACUUUUGAAUGAUAAUAAAUUAUGUUAUGUGAUAUUCAUACGUUUGCAUGCAUUAUGUUUUGGUACUCUCUGUUACAUUCAAGACAUGUUUUACGUUACUUUUUGCUAAUUUUGUUAAUUUUGCUGUUUUGUGCUGGGCUUGUAAACCGAUUUAUUUUUGCUUGUCGAUAAUUUAACCAGCAACCCUAAGUGCUUUAGGGCAUUGGUUUCUCUCUCGCUGCAGUAUAUUCUUGAAUCGGUCAGUCAUUUCUAUUUUCCAAAGUAAGUUGUUGAUUAAAAUAUAUUUUCAUUUCAAAUCAUGCCAGUAAAUUUUUUGAAAGUAGUUGAUAGGUUUUCUUUGCAUUUUACCGUCCUCGAACUUAACUCUAGAAAGUUAUUGCGAAUGUAAAAAUGAGCUCUCAACAAGUCUCUCUGCAGGGGCAUUAUGGUGUUAUAUGAAUCUAAUGCAUUAUAAUAAUUAUACUAACACAAUCAUGGCAGUGAAAAAUCUAUUCACAAUUUACCUCAAAUUUUGAUAAUAACAUCGGUGUACAAUUAGUACUCUUUCAAGCUUGAUAUUGAUAAUAUAUAUUUAAAAAAUUAUUUUACAUUAUCUAGUUAUAUUUGUAAUUGAUAUAUUGAUUAUCUCAAACUAAAUAAUGACAAAAAUAUCCAGCAGCUAUAUAUAUAUCUUUUAAGGUCACAAUAUACCUCCAGAUAGUAUUAUGUUUAUUAUAUAUAUAGGGAUUUUUGAUAUCUAUUUGCAAAAAUAUUAAUGUGCACAUUAUAUAACAGUAUUUAACUUAACAGGAGUUUGCUUGAAAUGGGCAUUAUAAUUUCUAAUGUCAUGAAAUUUAUUGGAUAUCAGCUGCAAAGCGAAUUACAGUAAGCGAUAUUUAUUAAUAUGCAUUAUCACGUGACCAAAAAUAAGCCAAUAUUAAAAUGUUUAAAAUGUGCAUUAAUGUUGAUUUGCAAUGUCUUUGUAGCAUUAUUCUCGUGCGAUAUUUCACAUUGCCUUUGUCGUUUCAUGCGCAUCUGUAUAUAUCAUUAUAUUAAACUAUGCAAUAUUAUUAAUCCGUGUAAAUACAUUUUUUUAAUGGUAUAUUUGAUGCAAAGGAAUAAAAGCACAGUUUUACAACAA